AUGCGAGAAGCGAUUCCGGAGCACACAGCGUGGAUCAAGGACACUGUGGCUGCUAUCGACCCGCCCGCUAAGAAGGUUAUCACUGCCGCUGGCAAGGAGGUAGGUCGUCUUUUUUGCAGUAUAAACUCGUACUUUUAUGCAAUUUUAAUCCAUUCUUGGGCUUGUAUGAAGGUAAACGUCGCUGGUUACUUGCACCUUCACCCGUACGUCAUACAAUUUCGACACGCCCUCAUCACUUUCAAAACGAAGGAGGUACCCUCUUCUCAAACCUCUCACUGGCAGCUCCUCUGGAAGAACGAUUAG